AUGGUGGAUUCUCCAGCAAGGAACCGAUUGUUGGCAAGAACCGACUCAAUUCGCAUCUUUCCUUCAAGAAGCGUAGUUAUAACUUUUACUUAUGCUUUCACUUUGACUUCUAUUGUGUUCAUGCUUGUCCUUGUAAAUACUUUUCACCCUUCUUCACGUAGGUAUCAUUUUACUAAAGUUAUUGCUCACAUUUUUACUGCUAAUUCUUCACAACCUUCUUCUUAUCCGCCUCAAUAUAGCCCUACUCAUCAUAAAACUUCUCAUAAAGAUGAUGGAUUAGUGGAUCAUAGGAUUGUAGCUUCUCCUUCUCCAUCUCAAAUUUCUACAAAAGAAGAUGAUGGGUUAGUGGAUCAUAGGAUUGUAGCUUCUCCUUCUCCAUCUCAAACUUUUGGAAAAGAAGACGGUGGAUUACUGGUUCAUCGGAUUAUAGGUUCUCCGUCUUCAUCUCAAACUUCUAAAAAAGAAGAUGGUGGAUUACUGGAUCAUAGGAUUGUAGGUUCUCCAUCUCCAUCUCAAACUUCUAAAAAAGAAGAUGGUGGAUUAGUGGAUCAUAGAAUUGUAAAUUCUCCGUCUCCAUCUCAAAUUUCUAGAAAAGAAGAUGGUGAACUAGUGGAUCAUAGGAUUAUAGUCGCACCUUCUCCAUCGCAAACUUCUAGAAAAGAAGAUGAUGGAUUAGUGGAUCAUAGGAUUGUAAAUUCUCCAUCUCCAUCUCAAAUUUCUAGAAAAGAAGGUUCUGGUUUAGCACGAAAGCAAAGUAAAAUACAUCAUACGGCGUAUCCACCGAUUGGUGCUACGACUAAACCACAACAAGAGAAGUCUUUUGCACCUAUGCCUUCACCAAAUGUGGUGCAGAGUGAUCAACAACAUUUGUUGGAAUUGACCAAGAAUUGUAAUAUGUAUGAAGGGUCAUGGGUUUUUGAUGAUUCAUAUCCACUUUACAAAGCCGGGUCUUGUCCUAAUAUUGAUGAGCCUUUUGACUGUUUUCACAAUGGUAGAACUGACAAUUUGUUUGAGAAGUUCAGGUGGCAACCUAAGAAUUGCAACAUGCCAAGGUUCAAUGGUAGUGACAUGUUGGAGUUACUGAGGGAAAAACGUUUAGUUUUUGUUGGCGAUUCCCUCAAUAGGAACAUGUGGGAAUCUAUGGUUUGUGUUCUUCGUAAUUCAGUGGAAAAUAAGAGCAGGAUUUUUGAAGCCUCCGGUAGAGAAGAGUUUCGAACAGAGGAUUCUUACUCGUUUAUCUUCCAAGAUUACAAUUGUUCCAUUGAGUUCUUCCGUUCCCCGUUUCUUGUUCAAGAGUGGGAGAUUCCAACCCAGAAAGGAUCGAAAAAAGAGACACUUCGUCUUGAUUUGGUUGAGAACUAUUAUGAUAAGUACAAAAAUGCUGAUGUUUUGAUCUUCAACACAGGUCAUUGGUGGACUCAUGAGAAAGUAAGGGAAGGGAAGGAAUAUUAUCAAGAAGGAGAUCAUAUUUAUGGACAAAUGGAUGUUGAUGAAGCAAUUAAUAAAGCUUUAUUGACAUGGUCACAUUGGGUGGAUACUCAUGUUGAUCCUAAGAAAACUACAGUUUUCUUUAGAGGCUAUUCCCCUUCUCAUUUCAGGGGAGGGGAAUGGUAUUCUGGUGGUCAAUGUGAGAAUAUUACAGAACCAAUGAAAGACGAUUCUGAUUUACCAGAGAAUCCUUCUUCAAUGAUGAAGACAAUUGAAUCGGUAAUUGCGGGAAUGAAGACUCCGGUGUUUUACCUGAACAUCACGAGAAUGACAGAUUACAGAGUCGAUGCUCACCCUUCCUUGUUCAGAUUCCCCAAUAUGACCGAGGAGACCAAAAGAUUUACGCUCACGCAUCAGGAUUGUAGCCAUUGGUGUCUUCCUGGUGUUCCUGACUUGUGGAAUGAAUUAGUGUAUGUUCACCUUUUACAAAGGUUGAAAACAAACCAGGGAAAUCUUUGA